UCGAACGGAGCAGGGUAUGAGUAGGAUAUCUUCUGUUUUAAGUGAACAUUAACUCACAUUUCUCUCUAGAUUCUUUUGAAGGACAGCAUGCUACCUCCUACCAGAUAUUGCCAGUCGGACAGCUAUUUGAUUCUUUUCUCUACAUGAACAUGGGGAUUCAGAUAAAUUUACUCAAAAAGAGAGCCUAACUCUACAGGAAAGGAACACCACCUGCAUUCACUGAACAAGGAUUAUUUUGCUAUACAGAUGUCUUUACUGCAUGGAUUUUGUGUAAACUGAAGAUGUCUAUUAAAAGCUAACUUUACAGCAGAUCAACAAAAAGCACCUGGUAAAUCUGUAACGUAUGACACUGAGAUUGUGUAUGGAAGGCCAAAAAGGGCGGUUUUAAUUUUUGAUAGAGGAGUAAAAGCGUGCCUUUGUUGUGUUAGUACGAACCAUGGCUGGUACUGGAGGUCCAACGGCUACAUUCUCAGUCUGGGACUAUGUAGUGUUUGCUGGGAUGAUCUUGGGAGCUGCUGGCAUUGGGCUCUUUCAAGCUUUCCGAAGCCGUAAGGAAAACAGCAGUGCUGAGUUCUUGCUGGGGGGCCGUCAGAUGACAGCAGUGCCAGUCGCCAUGUCCCUCACAGCCAGUUUCAUGUCUGGGAUCACAGUGAUUGGCACUCCUGCAGAGGCCUACAGAUAUGGCACAGCAUUCUGGCUCUUUGCCUUUUCCUACACCAUCAUGUCCACCAUCACUGCAGAGAUCUUUGUGCCUCUGUUCUAUCGCCUUGGCAUCACCAGUACAUAUGAGUACUUGGAACUGCGCUUCAAUAAGGUUAUUCGAGUGAUUGGAACAACCAUGUACAUAGUCCAGACAAUUUUGUACACAGGCAUGGUCAUCUAUGCCCCAGCGCUUGCCCUCAAUCAGAUUACUGGCCUGGACCUUUGGGGAGUGCUGGUGGCCACAGGUGUCGUCUGCAUCAUCUACUGCACCCUGGGAGGCCUGAAGGCAGUGAUAUGGACAGAUGUGUUCCAGAUGGUCAUUAUGCUGGCCGGGUUUAUAGCAGUCAUCGCUCGUGGGGCCGUGCUUCAGGGAGGCUUGGGAAAAAUCUGGGAGGAUAACUACAAUGGUGGACGCUUAGACACGUUUAGUUUUGAUCCAGAUCCUCUGAGACGGCACAGUUUUUGGAGCAUAGUUGUCGGGGGUAGUUUGAUGUGGGUGUCAAUGUAUGCCAUUAACCAGUCACAGGUGCAGCGCUAUAUCUCCUGUAAAACUAUGACCCAUGCCAAAAUGUCUCUAUAUGUAAAUAUGGUGGGGUUGUGGAUUACUGUGAGUCUAGCAAUUUUUUCUGGCCUCACCAUGUACUCCAUCUAUAAAGACUGUGAUCCUUUCACUAACAAUGAUGUUGGUUCUGCAGACCAGCUUCUUCCAUAUUUAGUGAUGGACAUUCUAGCAGAAUUUCCCGGCCUUCCUGGCUUGUUUGUAGCUGCUGCAUACAGUGGAACUUUAAGUACGGUAUCAUCCAGCAUUAACGCUCUGGUGGCCGUCACAGUGGAAGACUUUGUGAAACCUAUGUGGCCCAAUCUGAGUGAAAGAAAGUUGUCGUGGAUUAACAUGAGCAUGAGUGUAUUCUUUGGGGCUUUGUGCAUUGCUAUGGCAGCAGUUGCCUCUUUGAUGGGAAGUAUACUGCAGGCCGCCUUGUCUAUAUUUGGUAUGAUCAGUGGACCUCUGCUGGGGAUUUUCCUGUUGGGCAUGUUCUUCCGUUGUGCUAACUCCACUGGUAGCCUGUUUGGGUUAAUAUCCGGCCUGAUUAUAACCCUGUGGGUAGGCAUUGGCGCUCAGGUGUACCCUCCUUUACCGAUUAAGACCAAUCCACUUCCCCUCAGCGUGGCAGGAUGUGGUGCAGGAGACACAAACAUAACCACUACAGUGGCAGCAUGGUCAACAACAUCCCUACUGACCACAGAGUCAAGCAUUGUAAGACCAGCACUUGCAGAUUCCUGGUACUCUUUGUCCUACCUGUACUUCUGCCCUGUGGCAGUGCUGGUGACGAUGACUACUGGGCUUAUUGUCAGUGCCAUCACAGGUGGCUGUAAACAGGAGAAGAUAAACCCAGAGAUGUUUGUUAGGAAGGAAGAUUUCUUCUGCUUUGGCUGCGGUAAAAGGCGCACUGAGAACCUUGUAUCAGACUUGGUUGAGAAGGUAGGGCCAGAGCAUCCAUAUGGCUUGGACAAUCCUCAAUUCAUUGACAACGGACUGAAACUGAAGGACAGUGAAAAGAUCACCAAGUUCUAAACUAUUUUUCUAUCACCACAUUAAUAUGAAUUUAUUCAUUAUACUUAGUCCGGAGACAUAGAACCAUGGUAACUAAGAAAGUGGUACAUAAAAAAAGAAAAUAAUUUAAUCAAAUACUUAAUUACAAUUUUAAACCACUUUCUUUGUAAUGGCAUGUGUAUUCUUUGGCAACUUUUUAUAUUUCAAAUCUCAAGGCAACCUAUUUAUUAUUAUUAUUAUUAUUAUUAUAUCUUGAAUUGAAUUAAGCAUUAUUUGUAAUACAAUAUUCAAAGACUGACUGUAGUUAGCACUAUGGGCCAAUGUUUUGAAUUGCCCCCUGACAUGUGUUUGUGUGAGAGAGAGACCCUUUAAUGAUGUCUUAUCCAGGGUGUUUUCCUGCCUCAUGCUUAGCACUCCAGUGAUAGGCUCCAGAUCCACCAGACCAGGAUAAAGCAGUUAUAGUAGAUGAAAGAAUGAAUGAAUUAGAGAUGCACCAAUACAAAAUUUCUCAGCCGAUACCGAUAGCUUAUUCAGAGUGAUACCGGCCGAUACCAAUACCGAUAGUUUGGUGGUUCUGCCUUUUAUGCCUUCUUUUAAAUUAAUAAUAAUUAAUUCCACAAUUCGAAAGGAAAUGCAAAUAAAAACUUUAUUCUCUCAAUUUAAACAAGUUGUUUCACAGUAACUGGUCUCAUAAACAGAAAACACAUUACUCACAUUAACAUUAAAUGAACUAAAUUCUGAAGAUUGAAUUAAGAUUUUUUAACUUAUUGAAUGUUAUUAAUUCAUAUUAACAGAAUUAAUUGACUGAAUUCUACAAAACCUCCCGUUAGUCUCACAUUCACUCACCACAAACGAAAGUAUUUUUACUUCAUCAUUAAACAUCAAACUGGUAAUAUAUAAUAUAAUUUUUAUUUUUUGAUGAUAUUAACUCAUUAACAUUAGCUGGAUAUGAAAUAUACUACUCUACAAAUAUAUAUAUUUUUGUGCAAUAUAUACCCUUUUUGUCAACACAUCUUCAUUUAAAUCUUUCAACCGUGUACUGGUGCUUUAAUUCAGCUCGAGCAUCGCGGCAAUUUUAUUUAUUUAUUUAUUUAUUUACAAAAUUAGACUUAACGCCGAAACUCCUGCUACACUGCUGCAGCGUCAGGUGUAAAAGCACUCAUUCAUCAACAUGCAUGCUGAAAAAAAUACGCACUGCUUCUUCUCUGCUACAGCAUGCAGUGUAAAAUCUUAGCAGUGCAGAGCUUACAAACUGCAGUUUUGUCAUCAUUGUCACCCAAUUCUAAGUAAUUUCACACGAGACAUCUUUACACACAGCACGAAUUCAAUGUUUUCCCACCCUCUUUUGACUGACAGGAAAUAAUCGGCCUUGAUCAUCGAUCAUCGGAUGUUUUUAAACGUGAAAAACUUUAUCGCCCGAUACAUUGGUGCGUCUCUAGAAUGAAUAAAGUGAUUGUAAAUGUUUUAGUAAUUAUACAAUUAAACCAUAAAAAUACAAGUAAAUUUGGAGAUCAUUUUGUAAUUAUAUAAGUAAAAUAAUGUGCUGUACAUGCAGUAAUAAAAUGGGAACCUCUAUUAAGAAUCCACUACGAGAACAUACAUCAGCACAGUAUAAACACUCAAGGGUUAAACACUGGAGCUGACUGCACCUGUUUCCUUAUCAACUUAACCACACAGGAAGGAGCAUGGGAAGGUUACGCCCACUUACAUGCCUGAUAUGUGAUGUAAUACUCCAUUCUUCAGGGAGUGGAAAAUAUAUAGAGCUCACUGAAAAACAACAAUCACUACAUGAUUACGUUGUGGUUUUAUUAUUUAGAGUCACUUCCAUCCAAAGGUUAGGUGAGUAAAAACUUUACUACUUAACAGUAUUACAACACAUUGUUAUAGUCACACAUUAAACCCAUACUGCCAGCCUUGUUUUUUUUUUACUCAUGGUAUAAAUGGGUGGUGUUCUAAAAGGAGAGAGGAUGCCUGUUAGCAGAGAAGAUUUAAAGACCAUGAAAAACUUUAGCCAAACCAUAAAGCAAUCAAAUGAGGUGGAACAAAAUUUCAUUCUAGUGCCAUGUUAGGUUUAAUAACUGGCAAGCACACAUCUAUGGGAGGAAUAUAAUUGUCAGGGGUAUAAGUCAUUUAGAUACGCUAUCCUUUUAAUGAACUGUAUUAUACGUUAGAAUAAUAUUUUAUUUGUAGUUCAUUUAGAAUAUUAUUUUAUUUUAGAUUAUUUUGUAUUUUAUUUUAGGAAAAUAGAUAUGUUCAGGUGCUCAGCCAAACACAGUUUUGUAAUAUGCACUUUACGACUGAAUUCUUUUCAAAUGCAGUGAAAUACCAGAUAGAGUAAAGACUUGUAUCACUCUCAAUGAAAUGCCAUGGAAGAUCUGAAGCAUGUAAUUUAUGCAAAACCCCCAUAAAAUAAAAAUGGAACAUGGUUAAAAAUGGUCUCAAAUUCCGUCUACCCACUAAGCUGAACAGAUCAGAGUUUAGAGAGUUCAUGUAUAUGUCUUUCAAUUUCCUAGACUGUAUAAACAUUUUUUUCAAUAAAGAUGAGGAACUGUAAAAUGUUGUAUAAGUUUGAUUAAUAUCAGAUCACAUUGUAGAUGCUAUUCAUAUAGAAAUGUGGAUAAUUUCCAAAGGGAUUAAUUUAUGUUCCACAUCUUAUACAGCAACUUUAUUUAAAUAAGUCAGUGUAAACAAAGUCAGUGUUAUUGCAUGUCUAAUUUAUAUUUAGGAAAUGCAAACCUAAUGGAGCCACACUCUAAAGUGGUAGCUUAGUGAAAUACACUAUAUGGCCAAAAGUAUGUGGACCCCUGACCAUCACACCCAUAUUUAGGCCUUCCUCAAACUGCUGCCACAAAGUUUAAAGCACACAAUUGUCUUUGUAUGCUGUAGCUUUAAGAUUUCCCUUCACUGGAACUAACAGGCCCAAACAUGUUCUAAAAUCUCAUUUAAAAGGAGAAGAGGAAGAAUACAGCAUAGACAUUACAGACAAGGAGACAUCUGUUGCUCCGCGAGUAAAUGGAGACGUUAAAACAGCAGAAGACACUGUGUGACAUCCCCUAUCCAGACAUGAUUGUAUACUUUUGUGGAAAUAUGUUAUGCAUUUCUGCAUUAUUGCAAUAUUAUUAUUAUUGUUCAAUAUUUCCAUGGACAUGCCUAAAAAUAUCACUGCAAGAAGACAAGCCAAGGUGGUUCAGUGAGAAAAAUGUUAAUGUUUGACUUAAUUUUAGGUAAUCCUAAGAGAUUUAUGUCUUUCCUUU